GAUGGUGCUCCCGUUCUCGGCACGCCCCGGCAGACACCGCAUCUUCCCGCCCAUGCACGCAAGCCACCCAAGGACCGACAGCAGGACCCUUCAACCCAGACGCCCCAGCGACGAGGCCCCCCAGGACGCCGGGAGGAGAAGCGCCCGCUGUCCGAGGGCUUUCGGACCCCUCGUUCUGAGAGUGUGGAGGGGCUGGAUCCGAUCGUGGAGUGGGCUCCCUUCUCGCCUUCCUUCCCGCUGGGCGAGCCCCCCGAGGAUCUGCAAAGUUUGGCAGACACACCUUUCGCCCGAAUACCCGAGGGCGCCGUUCAACCAUACUGGCUCCAAUGUGAUGCCUGUGUCUUCGAU